AGAGAAUACUUCUAACUUUAUGAGAAUUUAUUUUCAUGUAGACUUUUAGAAAUGAGACAACGAAUCAAUAGAAAAUUCCAAAAGGUCAUUUUUCAGCUUGGAAAAUUGUCAGGCAAAUUCAAGAGCUCCAGCCAUUUACCCUGCUGUCCUCCAAUCCCUUCUUUCCAUACAGCUUCCUCAUCACUGUUUAUUCACAUUAGUUCUCUCUCCGAGAGAGAGAGAGAGAGAGAGAGAGAGAGAGAGAGAGAGAGAGAGAGAGGAAGAGAGGGAGGGAGGAGGGGAGGUGAGGAGAGGGAAGGGAGGGAGGAGAUUUAAAGACUCAUUAUUUUAUAAAUUCAAGUCUUCUCCUUCAUGGCUGUCUUGCAUCUCUUCAUCCAUGUCUCCAAUGGAGGUCUCAGUUCUCACCUCUCCAAACCUUUUCCUCCACAUCUUCUGCUACUAUAACCUCUUGUGGAGCCUAACCAACCCAGGUCCAGUCUUAGCCACCAUUUCUUCUGAGAACUUAACAUUCAGCCUAGUUGAUUUUGACCCAAAUGGUCACGACAUUCAUUAUGAAGGAGAUGCAUACCCUUCCCACAAUGUCAUUCAGCUUACCAUGAACCAGAGAGACAUGCCUCCCAAUGGAAGCGUUGGUCGUGCAACAUACAAAGAUCAUCUUCAUCUUUGGGAGAGUGGCCAAAGGAAUCUUGCAGAUUUCACCACCGAGUUCUCCUUCACAAUUGACUCACAACACAGUCGCACUUACGGUGACGGCUUUGCCUUCUUCAUUGCCCCUGUGGACUCGAGGCUUCUACCUUACUCAGGAGGUGGCAACUUUGGUCUCUUGAGCUCCAACAAGAGUGAUCCAGAUGUAAUCUCAACAACUAACUUUGUUGCUGUCGAGUUUGAUACCUACACAAAUGCAUGGGACCAGUCGGGGAAUCACAUCGGCAUUGAUGUCGACUCUGUUAAAUCUCUGAGCUCUACUUCAUGGUGGUGGAGUGACAUAGAAAAUGGUGGGAAAGUUAAAGCAGCGAUAAGUUACAAUUCAAGCUCCCACAAUUUGACUGUUUACUUAGUUGAUGAAAGAGAUUCUGAAGUUUCUCCGACGAACUCUUCUAGCUUCACUUUCAAUAUUGAUUUGAGAGACCAUUUACCAGAAUGGGUAACAAUUGGCUUUUCAGGAUCAACCGGAUCUUUCUUCGAGAUUCAGACAAUUAGCUCAUGGAGCUUCAGCUCUAGAUUACAGGUUGAAGUCAAUGUUACCAACUCAACUGAACCAGCUAGCUCUCCUGUUAACUCCAAGAAAGGAAUCAAUAUGAAAUGGUUCGGGAUAAUCUUCGCAAUGGCACUUUCACUCUUGCUAAUUUUGGGGUUUGCUUGGUUUUGGAUAUGGAUGAAGAGAACUAGCAGAAGAAAAAGUGUGAGAAGGAACCAAGAGGAAGAUUUCGAGAACGAAACAGGGCCAAGGAAGAUUUCAUAUAAAGACCUAUUAGCAGCGACCAACAAGUUUAGUGAUGAAAAUGUGUUGGGACAAGGAGGAUUUGGCAAAGUAUACAGAGGGUUUCUAGACGACAAGGAACUUGAUGUAGCAGUGAAAAGAAUCACCCCAAACAACCUCCAUCAAGGGUCAAAAGAGUUUGCAUCAGAAGUGAAAACAAUCAGCAAAUUAAGACACAAGAACUUAGUAGAGCUAAUUGGGUGGUGCUGCAACAAACACCAAGAAUAUCUCAUAGUCUACAAAUUCAUGCCUAACAAAAGCUUAGAUUUCCACCUCUUCCAGCAAAACAACCUCCUAACAUGGGAUCACAGAUACAAAAUCACAACAGGUUUAGCCUCAGCACUACACUAUCUACAAGAAGAACAAGAUCCAUACAUACUACACAGAGACAUAAAAUCAAGCAACAUCCUAUUAGACGGCGAAUUCAACGCCAAACUCGGCGAUUUCGGGCUCGCUAAACUCGUCGAUGAUGGAAAACAAUCAAUAACCACCAUACUACGAGGAACAGAAGGCUACGUCGCACCAGAGUACCUGGACAGCAGCGUGGCAAGUAAAGAAUCCGACAUCUACAGCUUCGGCAUCGUGUGUUUGGAAAUCGCCUGCGGAAAACAAGCCCUAGGUGAAGCCAGAGAAGACGGAAAGAAAUGUUUGAUAAAACUGGUUGAAUGGGUUUGGGAUCAUUACCAAAGAAGAAGUGUACUUGAAGCCGCCGACCCGAAAUUGCGCCAAUAUUUCAAGAAAGAAGAGAUGAAACAACUGUUGAUCGUCGGACUUGCCUGUGCUCAGCCGGAUUUCUGUCUGCGGCCUUCCAUCAAACAGGUAAUCGACAUGCUUAACUUCAAAUCGCCAUUGCCGAAUCUGCCAUUGGAAUAUCCAGGAUUAUCUAGAUCUGCAGUGUUUUUGAGUGCGGAAAUGGAAUCUUUACAACCAUCGUCGUGUUUACAGAGCGGAAAUCUUCAUGGCAAAAGUAUUUCUUCUAAGAAUUCCACUGCUUCUUCUACUUUUUCGAAUUUGGGUUAAAUUCAAUCGCCUCAACAACUGUGAAAUCUUCUUCCUUUGUUCUUAUUUCUUGUUUCGGGGUUCAUUUUCUUAGAACGAUUUUUUGUGUUCGUGAACUUUCUGAUUCGGUAACUUUUAACUAGAUUUUGAAAUGUAACAAUUUAAAUUAUUUGGAAAUUCGUGACCAUUUAAUUCUCAGUUUCAUGAAUAGCUAAUGGAUGGCCAAAUGUGUUCUUAGAUUGUA